AGCUAGGGUUUACCCCCACACCAAGGUGAGCCCUACUGGUUUCUCAGGCAUUCCUUGCCCCUGGGCAUAUAUGGGCGUUGCCCUAAGUGGGAGAGCUCCACAAUAGCCUGCAGAAUGCCUCAGGGCGGAGCCGCCUUUUAGCCACGCCCCCGUCUGACAUACUUGUGCGGUGCCCCUACGAGCCCAGCCCAGCCCUGGCGUCACGGGGCGGAGUAUCGCCCCCGAGUCCAGCCGCGCUCUUCUACGGCGGCUGGACGCGCGGGGCGCGGGGUGCGGGGUGCCGGGUGCGGCCAUGCGGGGCCCGUGCCGGAGCGCGACCCUGACCCUGAGGCCGAGACCCAGCACGACCUCAGGCGCUGUAAGGCUCCCCCGGCGGAGGCGGCGGGCGCGGGGCGCGCUCUGAAGCCCGGGGGAUGCGCGGCCGCCGUGACCAUGGGUGCCGCCGCCUCCAGGAGGAGGGCGCUGAGGAGCGAGGCCAUGUCCUCAGUGGCGGCCAAAGUAAGAGCAGCCCGAGCGUUUGGAGAGUACCUGUCCCAGAGUCACCCUGAGAACCGCAACGGUGCAGACCACCUGCUGGCUGACGCCUACUCAGGCCACGACGGGUCCCCCGAGAUGCAGCCUGCCCCCCAGAACAAGCGCCGCCUCUCCCUCGUCUCAAAUGGCCGAUAUGAGGGCAGCAUUUCAGAUGAGGCCGUCAGUGGGAAGCCAACUACAGAGGGCCCCCAGCCCCGUGUAUACACUAUCUCGGGAGAGCCCGCCCUGCUGCCCAGCUCUGAAGCUGAGGCCAUUGAGCUAGCAGUGGUAAAGGGGCGGCGGCGGGAGCGGCACCCUCACCACCAUAGCCAGCCCCUGCGGGCCAGCCCUGGUAGCAGCCAUGAGGAUAUCAGCAGGCCCUGCCAAAGCUGGGCAGGCAGUCGCCAGGGCUCCAAAGAAUGUCCCGGAUGUGCCCAGCUGGCCCCUGGGCCUUCCCCUCGGGCCUUUGGGCUAGAGCAGCCACCUCUGCCUGAGGCUUCUGGACACGGAAAGAAACUGGAGAGGAUGUGUAGUGUUGAUCGAAUGUCUGAUGAUGUCCCCAUCCGUACCUGGUUCCCCAAGGAAAACCUUUUCAGCUUCCAGACAGCAACCACAACUAUGCAAGCCAUCUCGGUAUUCAGGGGCUACGCGGAGAGGAAGCGCCGGAAACGGGAGAAUGAUUCCGCGUCUGUAAUCCAGAGAAACUUCCGCAAACACCUGCGUAUGGUUGGCAGUCGGCGGGUGAAGGCCCAGACGUUCGCUGAGCGGCGCGAACGGAGCUUCAGCCGGUCCUGGAGCGACCCCACCCCCAUGAAAGCCGACACCUCCCACGACUCCCGAGACAGUAGUGACCUGCAGAGCUCACACUGCACUCUGGAUGAGGCUUGUGAGGACCUGGACUGGGACACAGAGAAAGGCUUGGAGGCUGUGGCCUGUGACACUGAGGGCUUCUUGCCACCCAAGGUCAUGCUUAUCUCCUCCAAGGUGCCAAAAGCUGAGUACAUCCCCACCAUCAUCCGCAGAGAUGACCCCUCCAUCAUCCCCAUCCUCUACGACCAUGAGCAUGCGACAUUCGAGGAUAUCCUGGAGGAGAUAGAGAAGAAACUGAACAUCUAUCACAAGGGAGCCAGGAUCUGGAAGAUGCUGAUUUUCUGCCAGGGCGGCCCUGGACACCUUUAUUUGCUCAAGAACAAGGUGGCCACCUUUGCCAAAGUGGAGAAGGAAGAGGACAUGAUCCACUUUUGGAAGAGGUUGAGCCGCCUGAUGAGCAAAGUAAACCCAGAACCGAACGUCAUCCAUAUCAUGGGCUGCUACAUUCUGGGGAACCCUAACGGAGAAAAGCUGUUCCAGAACCUCAGGACUCUCAUGACUCCUUAUAGGGUUACCUUCGAGUCACCCCUGGAGCUGUCUGCCCAAGGGAAGCAGAUGAUUGAGACCUACUUUGACUUCCGGCUAUACCGCCUAUGGAAGAGUCGCCAGCACUCGAAGCUGCUGGACUUUGAUGAUGUCCUGUGAGAGGCAUGGGCCAUGCCCAGGCACCGCCAGGAGAGGCAUAGGCCAUGCCCAGGCACCACCAGGCCACUUCCUCUGGACCAGGAGCCUGGGUCUGGGCCGCCUCUUGCACCCAGGACCAUGUGGCCCAGGUCUUGCCCACAGCCACUUCAGGGACCCUCAGACGUUGCUCAGGUUCUUGUGGGGUCUGGUCCUCGCUGCACCAUUGGGCCACAGAGGCCACAGUCCUGGGUGCCUGGGAGAAGCCUUGCCCCAUGGCCAAUGGACUCUUGGCAGCCAGGGCACCAACCUGCCAUGCCUCGCCUGGAGGCCGCAGCGUUGGGAAUCCCCUCCAUGGGGUUCAUAGAAAUAAGUGCAAUUUUUUACACCCCUGAAACAAUUUGAAGGGAAGCAGCGUUACUAGUUAACUAGUUAAGCUCUGUGCUACUAGUUACAGUGUAGACAACUGGCCCAGUGUGUGUUCAGGUCCUCCUGUCCCCCAGCCCCUUAGCCCUGCCGUAUUUGAUCACCAGCACCAGGGUGGCCCAUCUAUGUGGGGCCAGUGCUGUCAGGCUGCUUGGUCUGGCUCAGUCUGCAAUGGCCAAAUCUGUCAGCUUUUACCCCUCUUGCCACCCCUUGCUCACUCUGACCUCAGCCUGGCAAGGGGCAGCCUGGGCAGUAGGAGGGAAGAGCCUAGCCUUCCUUCCUCUCAGAUGAGGCGCUGGGUUGCCACCUACUCCCCACCUCUCCGAGCCUAUUCAUCUCCCUUGCUGCCAUUGAGUUCAGCUUUUUCUAGCCUCGAUCUGGAAGCCACCUUCUAGCACAGAGGCCUAGGGGCUUGGCGGGAGCCCAGCUGGGGCUGGGCCCCAGAGGCAAGAACCUUGCCAACUCUGCAGUGGGAGCCUGGAUCUGUCACCCCAGGCCGGAGAGUCAAGUAUCUGGUAAACUGUGAGGUCCCCAUGUCUCCCCUCACAGCCUUGCCUAGGGUCCAGCAGGGUGGCUCUCUUGUACAUAGUUGGAGCUUGGGGGCAGGCCCCCCCUUUUGUAGAGCCUGGGGUCUGAGGGCACCUGGUUGUGUCCCUGGCCAAGGAAUUGGGAUUCUGAACAAUGUACGAUAUCCCUUAGAGUGACCAUUAAACUUGACCCUCUGCUGCGGC